UCUCCACAGCGCUGGCCUCGACUCUCAGCCAGACAUGUCCAGCCUCCAGGCGCUGUGCUCGGGCCUGCCCCUGCGACCCCUGCCAGAGAACCGGGGACGCUGGCCUGGGGUGCCCCACGCCCCCGUCAGGACCCCUGGCCUCAGCCCCGCAGAAGAGCAGCUGGCCCUGAGGAACGCCCUACGCUACUUCCCACCCGACRUCCAGAAGCUGCUGGCCCCGGAGUUCGCCCAGGAGCUCCGUCUGUAUGGGCACAUCUACAUGUACCGCUUCUGCCCCACCAUCCAGAUGAGGGCCUACCCGAUCCAGCAGUACCCCAGUCGGACAAGAGCGGCYGCCGCCAUCAUGCACAUGAUCAUGAACAACCUGGACCCCGCCGUGGCUCAGUAUCCCCAGGAGCUGGUCACCUAUGGAGGAAAUGGACAAGUGUUCAGCAACUGGGCUCAGUUCUGGCUGACCAUGUCCUACUUGUCCAAGAUGACAGAGGAUCAAACGCUGGUCAUGUACAGCGGACACCCUCUGGGCCUCUUCCCCAGCAGCCCCGGAGCCCCGCGGCUGGUCAUCACCAACGGCAUGGUCAUCCCCAACUAUUCCUCCAGGAGCGAGUAUGAGAAGCUCUUUGCCCUGGGAGUCACCAUGAAAUCUGGGUCUCGAGUGUCCUUCUGUCACCCGUCCCAGGACAUCAUGAUCCACUCACCCUCUCGCCUCCUGGUGGUUGAUAAAGCAGCUCUCUUCAAACGUCACCAGCAAAGGUGGCUAAUGGAAGUGACUGACAGCUUGGAYCAGUGCAUCCAGAGGCUCAGGGAAGCGAGAAAAAAGAAGGAGGUGCUCAGCCUCGGUUACCAUGGCAACGUGGUGGAUCUCUGGGAGCGCCUGGUCCAUGAACUGGACACCACAGGGGAGCUGCUGGUGGACCUCGGUUCGGACCAGACAUCUUGCCACAACCCCUUCAAUGGCGGCUACUACCCGGUGCAGCUGGGCUUCACGGAGGCUCAGAGGCUCAUGGCCUCCAACCCCGCUAAGUUCAAAGGCUUGGUCCAGGAGAGCCUGAGGAGGCACGUCUCGGCCAUCAACCGGCUGGCCCAGGACAACUUCUUCUUUUGGGACUAUGGCAACGCCUUCCUCCUAGAGGCUCAGCGAGCAGGAGCGGAUGUGGAGAAGAAAGGGGCCAAUAAGAUGGAAUUCCGCUAUCCCUCCUAUGUCCAGCACAUUAUGGGGGACAUAUUUUCCCAGGGAUUCGGGCCUUUCCGCUGGGUCUGCACAUCUGGGGACCCCGAGGACCUAGCUGUCACGGACCAGCUAGCCACAUCUGUCCUGGAGAAGGCCAUUGCUGAGGGAGCAACGACGGAGUCUGUGAAACUACAAUAUAUGGACAAUGUCCGCUGGAUCCGCGAGGCAGCCAAGCACCACCUGGUGGUGGGCUCCCAGGCACGGAUUCUCUACUCGGACCAGAAGGGCCGCGUGGCCAUCGCUGUGGCCAUUAAUCAGGCCAUCGCCAGCGGGAAGGUCAAGGCACCCGUGGUUCUGAGCCGUGACCACCACGACGUCAGUGGCACUGACAGCCCAUUUAGGGAGACCUCCAACAUUUACGACGGCUCUGCCUUCUGUGCAGACAUGGCCGUGCAGAAUUUCGUAGGAGAUGCCUGUCGUGGAGCUACCUGGGUCGCGCUUCACAACGGAGGGGGCGUGGGCUGGGGAGAGGUGAUCAACGGGGGCUUCGGCCUUGUGCUGGAUGGGACCCCAGAGGCCGAGCAGAAAGCAAGAGCCAUGCUCAGCUGGGACGUCUCCAAUGGCGUGGCGCGGCGCUGCUGGUCGGGGAACCCCAAGGCCUAUGAGAUCAUCUGCCAGACGAUGCGGGACGGUGAGGGCUUGGAGGUGACGCUGCCCCAUCCGGUGGCAGAGGAGGGCCUCCUGCAGCUGGCCCUGCGGCCCUGAGGGCGACACCCAGCAGCCUUCCUCGGCCUGUCCCCACCUCCCAGCCCCAGCGCCGGGUCCCCCCUGCACAGUCCCCUCUGGGCCACAGGGCUCCUGUCACCCUCUAGUGUCCUGGACUGGGGGACCAYGGCCACUUCAUCACACAGACGAACCCGUCCAGGCCCAGAGAGGUGAAGCCACUUGGCCAUGACCACACAGCUUGGCUGGGAGCCCGGGGGGGGGGGGAGGACAGGGUUACGGAACGGACACCAGCGUGGGGCGUCCCCAACCGUGAACCCUGGCCAAGCUGGUCACCAACCAGCUCCUUCGAAGGCCCCUGGAGGUUUCUCUGGCUGAUUGUGUCAUCUGACUCUGCCACCCCCCCCCCCAUUAUUCUCCUCCCGUCUGUCUGUCCAGCCCUCGGUGCCCCAGGCUUGGGGACACACAGGUGGAGCCUCGGGAGAAGGACAGGAAAUAAAGGAAAAGACAGAGAACGGUGUGCACCUGACAUCAUGGGCUCGGGGGACCCAGCAGCAGAGUGACCCGCAAGGGAAAUGGACCGGUGUCUGGGGUGUAAAGGACAGGGAGGGUCCUCCCCGGGGUUCACCCGGCCCUGGAGAGCUCUGCCGGGGACCCAUGUGUGGUCCCUGGGGUGAACUCUGCACCCCUUCCAUUUCCAGGUGUGUUUGCACCAGGGAUAGAACCCGGGGUGCUUCACCCCUGAGCCCC